UAGUUAAUAAUAAUGAAUGAAUGAAUUGCCUCUUGCUGCAAUUUCUUGUUGCUAAUCAUUUAGUCCAGCUUCCCAUUCAAACGCUGUCACACCUGAGGCUUGAAUGAUGGAUGAGGUUGUAAAAGAUGAUGUACCAAUGUUAUCAGCUACAAAUUGGCCAUCCGAUAGACACGAUUAUAAACCAAAUCGGAAAUUCUCAAACACGAACAGAAGUGUUUCAAUAUCCAUUCCAGUGCCCUCCGUUGAAAUGAGUUCUGGUUCAACAAAUCGCAUUGGCUUUACCAGUCCCGUGCAGACUGAGAAAACAAUGUUAGAAGAGACUGUAGAACAAGAAAACAUUAAACAGAAUAAAAGACAAGAGGGAGGUAAUUAUCAUGGAACAAAAAACGAACACUUGUUGAGGUCUGGACAGUUGGGAAUGUGCAAUGAUCCUUUCUGUACCACAUGCCCAUCUACUUACUAUUACAAGGGACGCAUCAUCUCAAGAAUUCCCAAGGGCGUUGAUCGUCAUGCUGGUGCAUAUGGAGGUGCAAAAGGGUGGGUACGAGAAAAGUUAUCCUUGAUAAAACAUUUUAUGUCUGGGGUCAUGAAUCCGCAUGCCAAAGUUGUUCAGCAGUGGAAUCAAUUUGUUGUCAUUACUUGUUUAUUCGCCAUUUUCUUAGACCCCCUAUUCUUUUAUGUGCUGUCAGUGAAGAAGGAGCAUAAGUGCAUCGUUUUCAACUGGGAACUGACAAAAACCAUUGUAGUUUUCCGAAGCUUGACGGACUUGAUUUACCUCAUUCACAUGCUAGUUCAGUUCAGGUUAGCAUUCAUUUCUCCUGAAUCAAGAGUCGUAGGUGCUGGAGAUUUGGUUGAUGAUCCUAGGAAAAUUGCCUUACAUUAUCUUUCUGGAUAUUUUUUCGUCGACUUAUUUAUCGUUUUACCACUUCCUCAGAUCAUUGUAUUAUUAAUCCUACCGAAUUCCGUUGCAAUAUCUGGAGCUAAUUAUGCAAAGAAUCUUUUGCGAUCAGCUAUUCUUGUCCAAUACAUUCCCAGAUUAUUCCGAUUUCUGCCUCUUCUUGCGGGACAGUCUCCAACUAACUUCAUAUUCGAGUCCGCAUGGGCAAACUUUGUCAUCAAUCUUUUGACUUUUGUUUUGGCUGGUCAUGUUGUGGGAUCAUGCUGGUAUCUCUUUGGGUUACAGAGGGUGAAUCAAUGCCUUCGAGAUGCUUGUCACAACUCUGAAUUUCGGAAUUGCAAGGAGUUAAUAGAUUGUGGUCAUGGAGUUGACUUGGGGAGCACACAGUCCAACUGGAAACAAAAUGUAAAUGCGAGUGCUUGUUUUGAAGAAGAUGGGUUCCCCUAUGGAAUUUACGUGAAAGCUGUCAACCUCACUGCGGAGAAUAGUAUAAUCACAAGAUAUAUCUACUCCUUCUUUUGGGGAUUUCAGCAAAUCAGCACACUUGCAGGCAAUCAAACUCCAAGUUAUUUUGUUUGGGAAGUUCUUUUUACCAUGGCUAUUAUUGGGCUUGGUCUGCUACUCUUUGCCCUUUUGAUUGGAAACAUGCAGAACUUUCUUCAAGGUCUAGGACGCAGGCGGCUUGAAAUGUCACUUAGACGACGUGAUGUUGAGCAGUGGAUGAGCCACCGACACUUGCCAGAAGGCCUACGAAAAAAAGUUCGAGACUCGGAGCGUUAUCAUUGGGCUGCUACACAAGGGGUUAAUGAAGAAGUGCUAAUGGAGAAUUUGCCUGAAGACCUGCAAAGAGAUAUCCGCCGCCACCUCUUCAAAUUUGUCAAGAAAGUCCGGAUUUUUGCGUCGAUGGAUGAACCGAUUUUAGACGCGAUAUGUGAAAGAUUAAGGCAAAAGACAUAUAUAAAAGAAGGAACAACCUUAUAUGAAGGAGGGUUUGUGACAAAAAUGGUAUUUAUUGUAAGAGGGAAAAUGGAGAGCACAGGAGAAGAUGGGAAUGCGGUUACGUUAUCUGAAGGUGAUGUAUGUGGUGAAGAACUCCUCGCAUGGUGCCUUGAACCUUCCUCUCUUAAUGGAGAUGCAAGGACACGGGGAAAGCCAGGAUACAAAUUGGUGUGCAAGAGGACAGUGAAAUGCUUAUCAAAUGUGGAGGCAUUUGUUCUACGCGCUGCAGAUCUUGAAGAAGUCACCACCCUUUUUGCUGGAUUCUUGAGGAAUCACCGCGUUCAAAUGGCAAUAAGGCAUGAAUCUCCAUACUGGAAAGGCUUGGCGGCAACCACCAUUCAGGUGGCAUGGAGAUACAGGAAGAAGCGGCUACAUAGUGGUACUACUCUUCCCUCCAAAUAUAAGUAAAGGUGUUACUAGAUUUCAUAAGUUGUAUUAGAAGAUGUAUAUGUCGCUACAAAUUUGUACAAUUUGGCACUAUGGCGUAAAUGCUUAUAAGCUAUUAUACGUCCUUAUUUCGUUGUUAAGGACUUGUAGGCGGUUGAUUUAGUCAGUCAUGUUUUAUUUCUAA